AUGCAGUUUAUCAUGCGCACUGACACUUUCGCUAAAUUGUUUUUUCUGGUCAGUAUAACUGGUCUUGUUAUGUACGCGGUACUUGCUUUCUAUACAUUUCAUACUGCGUAUACGACCAUGUUUAAAGAAGACAAGGAUCAAGAUCAAAUCAAAGAUCUGUAUAUUCGUAACGGGUAUAAAUAUGACAGAGAUUUGAAAUACAUACUACUUUGGACCGAUCCUGAUCUGCCAUUAGUAACAAAAUUCGAUAAUGGCCAACAACAAUUUAUAAAUAGGGGCUGCCCACACACAAACUGCUUCAUAACUACAAUCAAAGAGUACCUCGGUGGUGAAUAUACAAAUUUCGACGCCAUAAUUUUCGAUAUCAACGUUCUGACGAAUUGGCGAAAGAUGAUUUUACCAGAAAAGAGGAAAACGCGUCAAAAAUAUAUAUUUUAUAGCGUAAUACCGUCUGAUCUUGCGCCGAUUUGUACAGUUCAAGCGGAUGAUUACUUCAACUGGACAUGGUCUUACAAAUUGUAUUCAGAUAUAGUCGCACCAUUUAUUGAAGUGAAGAAUCUGAAAGGUGAUGUUGUUGCUCCGUAUCCUGACGUUUCCUGGGACCCUGGUAUGGUGACAGCCUCCUAUAACGAUACUAAUGUAAUAAGAAAUAAAACUAAAGCUGUGGCAUGGGUCAUAAAUAAGUGUGUGACAAAAACACCUAGAAGAUUUUUUGCUAGAGAGUUGCAGAAAGCAUUGUUGGAAUAUUCUUUGGUUAUGGAUAUUUACGGUUGUCGGAAUCUAAAGUGUCCUAAAGAAGGUUGCCUGAAAGCGAUAGAAAAAGAUUAUUAUUUUUAUUUAGCUUACGAGGAUAGUAUUGAAGAUGAUUAUGUCACUGAUGAAGUAUUGAAAGGUUAUCAUCAUAAUGCAGUGCCUAUUGUUAUAGGAGGGGCGGAUUAUACUCAAUUCCUACCUUACGGUUCAUACAUCAACGCACGUUUUUUGACAGCCGAAAAAUUAUCCGCUUACAUCAACUACGCUAUAAAAAAUCCAGAAGUCUACAUGAGUUUCUAUCGUUGGAAAAAAUAUUAUACCAUAGAGAAAACGGAACGUGGUCACGGUAUUUGUGACCUCUGCAACUUGCUGAAUGACCACGAGAGAAUGACCACACAUAGUAGUUACACUAACUUCAGGAAUUGGUGGUAUACGGGGCCAUUGGCAGAGAAAUGUUACCCAAAAGGUGCGACAAACAGAAAAGAGUGGUUGUCUUAUAUUAAUAACACGAAAAAACAUAAAAUGUAUAAUAAACAAGUGAGCCCAGAUGUAAUUGAAGAUUUGUUUCAGUAG